UGAUCUGGUUUUGAAAUGUGUACGGUACGGUACGGUACUUGUUUCUGAUAAAAGUGGAAGUUCAUUUGCUGAGCAUCAUGGACAUGUGGAGAGAGCAUUGAUCACAUCAAAUGAUGCUUCUCCGUUCAGCAAUAGUAUGCAGUGUUAUUAAUAGUUUAUGAAACAGUUUAUAAAAUGGUGAAACAAUACACUACAACAUACCCAGUGGGAUGUCACGUCUGGGUCAAGUCAAUAACAGACAAUGUACUUGAUGUACCGAAAGCAUGCAAAAUAUUAUCAGUCACAAAUAAACAGUUGAGAGUGAUUGACGACGAUGAUAAGGAGUUCUGGAUCAGCAAAUCGUCAGUUAUCAAAGAACUGCACCCAUCCUCCCUACAACCGCUCGACAAUAUGGUUGCUUUAGGAGACCAAGAAGAGUAUUCUAUUUUAAGAAAUCUUCACAUAAGGUUCAAGAAAAACCUCAUCUACACCUAUGUUGGAAAAAUGCUGGUUGCUGUCAACCCUUACAAGGCACUGUCAAUAUAUGAUGAGAUAUACGUGACAAAAUACAGACACCAUAACUUGGAAGAGCUUCCUGCUCACAUUUAUGCAAUCAGCAAUGAUUGUUUGAAGACAAUGAGAUCACACUCAAAAAGUCAAUGUAUUGUUAUAAGUGGAGAAAGUGGAGCUGGAAAAACGGAAAGUACAAAAUUCAUAGUGAAGUUUCUAACAUCUUCAAGCAAAGGAAGAUCGCAAGUCAAUAAAAUUGAAGAUCAACUCGUGAAGGCAAAUCCUCUACUGGAGGCAUUUGGUAACGCGUCCACGACCUACAACGACAAUUCUUCCCGUUUUGGAAAAUUUGUGGUGAUGAGCUAUGAUGAAGCGGGCGUACUUAGUAAAGCUCAUAUCCAGCAUUACCUGCUUGAAAAGUCGAGAGUAACUCAGGUGAAGCCCAGUGAACGCAACUACCAUAUAUUCUACCAGCUUCUGAAUGGACUUGAUGAAAACGAACAAAAACAGUUGGAGCUGUCAUCAUCCACGAAAUACAAUUUCCUGAAUCAAACAUUAGAUUCACGUCAGAGGUUGAAAAAGGAUGAUUUGAAAGUGACAGAAGAUGCAAUGAAAACUUUGGAGUUUACCAAACAAGAUCGGUGGAAUAUAUACAAAACUCUAGCAAUCAUUCUUCAUUUGGGGAAUAUAGCAUACAGUUCCAAGGAGAUAGAUAAUUUGGAAAACACAGAAGUUAAAGAUGACACCAGUUUGGAAAGUGCGUACAAACUUCUACAAGUAGAUAAAACAAUACUGUACGAUACCCUCAGCAGGAAAACUCUUAGCAUUCACGGCAAGAAAACAGUCUCACCUGUAACUAAAAUCCAGGCAAAAAUGACUAAAGAUGGAUUCUCCAAGACUUUAUAUGAGAGACUUUUUAAAUUCAUAAUCGAUAAAAUAAAUUCAACUCUAUCAAAUAUAUCCGUGAAGACAGAGCUCUCAAUUGGGAUUCUAGAUAUCUAUGGAUUCGAAGAUGUCGGAAUCAAUAGUUUUGAGCAACUGUGCAUCAACUACACCAACGAAUGUCUUCAGCAGUUUUUCCUCGCUCAUAUUUUCAAACUGGAAGAGCAAGAGCAUAUAAAGGAAGGAGUGAAAUGGACUCCCAUCCAGUAUGAGGACAAUGAAAACGUACUCAACCUUAUUGGAGGAGUGCAUCCGAAUUGCUUGUUGAAAUUAAUCGACGAACAAGCCAAUUUAAUGACGGGAUCUGAUGAAACGUUUCUGUUGAAAGCAGCCAAAGCUCACUCAAAGAGUGCAGCAUUUGUUGAUUCACUCGGAGGCUCAAACCUCUCCUUUGGAGUGUUGCAUUUCGCAGGAGUUGUCUUCUAUGAAGUUAAUGGAUUUCUUGAGAAAAAUCGAAAUCCAUUAAGCAGUAACUGGCUUCAACUGAUUUCCUCAUCUAAAAACAAUUUCAUCAAAGAUCUUUUCAAGGAAGAUCAGGCAGCAAAUAAUAAUCUGUCAAAGUCGAAGCAUGUUGCCAAAUUGAAAACGGUCGCCGGUCAGUAUCAACGGUCUUUGGAUUCACUGAUGACGUCACUGAAGGCUAGCGAGCCUUACUUCAUUCGUUGUAUCAAGCCUAAUAAUCACAAAAAAUCUGACCUGUUUGUCGAUUCUCUUUGUUGCCUACAACUGCGAUACGCCGGUCUCAUGGCUACCACAAAGAUAAGGAAGAAUGGAUACCAAAUACGCUAUAAAUAUGAAGAAUUUGCUGAGAAAUACAGAUACAUUAUUGACCUGCAAUCCAAAAUUUCAAAAAGCUGUCGAAAAGUGGCCGAAGAUAUUUGUUUGAAAGUAUUGUCUGGUUCUGAUUACCAAUUUGGAAAGAGUAAAAUCUUUUUAAAAUGUGAACACGAAGCCAGUUUGGAUCGAGCGAAGAACAAAGUGCUGUGGAAGAGCAUUGUAACCAUUCAGAAAAACUGGAGAAUGUUUGCCGAGAAGAAAAGGUUCAAUGAAUUGAGAAGGUCAGCCGUAAUAAUACAGAGUAAUUGGAGAGCAAAGAAAGAACGUCGAAGAUAUUUAGCAUUGCUAAGCGGAGUCUUGCGUCUUCAAGCAUGUAUCAAAUCGAAAAUUCUAUUUGAAACCUUCCGUUCCCGACGAGAUUUCGUUAUUAGGUUACAGGCAAGAUGCAAAGGUUUCAUGGAAAGGAAGAAAGUGAAAGAAAUGCUUGACCUUCGAAAGAAAGAUGAUGUAACUACAAUGGUGCCGGGAGAUGACAUUGAUGCUUGGAUCACAUCAGUGUUUAACGCAGCUAUUCAGGAUGAUGAAGAUAUCAAAGAGGUUUACACGCAUCGAUUAUAACCCUGUCUUUCUGAC